GAUAAAACAACAAUGACACAUCCAGGAAUGGCUAUUCCAUGUAUUUUAAAAGCUUAUGAACAAGAAGAAAUAGCAUCAUGUUUAUCACCAAAUGAUAUUGUUAAAAUGAAAUUAGCAGUAAAUUGUAGUCAAUGGGGUUUUUAUCUUACAUUCCGAAAGCAACGUUUGGAUGGUGUAUGUGUUGUGGAAUUGGAUGAGGAAGCAAGAAUGGAUUGA